CGCACACAACCAGAAAAACAGACAACAAAGGCCACAGAGAGAGCGAAAGAGAGAGAGGAAAAGGGAGAUGAGGACCUUCCAGAGCCAGAGCCGGAGCUCUGCCUCCAACAGCCCGAGCAGCGUCAGCAGCACGGCCAGCGGCACGCUCACUGCCCUGCUCAUACUCACCAUCCCAGUGUGCACGUGUGCUCCAGCAGAACUUCAGCAAGCCAUAACAGAUCAGAGGCAGCUACUCAGCCAGAUAGACGCUGCGUGCUCAUCCUACUUCUCUGCAGACAUGAAGAUUUGGGCAUCUGAUGUCUUAGAAGAACUCUGUGUCUUGAUGCUGUUUCGGAAGUCAAAGGAGAUGAAAGUGCAAGAAAAAAGUAAAAGGACCCCUGUGUUGCACCCUCUCCUGCGUCUAGUUUCUCAACUCUAUGCCAGAAAAGAGAGAGGACUCUCAAUGCGCGUAUGUACCACCCACGGUGAAGCCCAGGGACCUGGAGGAAUCCAGAGCAGAGGUUACUUUCUCUAUCGGCCACGAAAUGGAAGACGAUCAUUGGAGUAUGAGUAAAAUUAAAGCAUAAUGUACAGAGACAACAAACCUGAGACCCGAGCUGCUGCACAUCGACUGAGAGAUCCAGACCUUACCCACAGCCAUCCGCAACUGAUGUAUAGUGAUGUCU